AUGCGGCCCCAUCACCUCUUUGCGCUCUUCAUGAGUGCGACGUCUGUGCUUGUCAUGGCUGACAUCGUGUCAGCCUCGAGGGAGCUUGUGGCCACGACGUCUGGCGAUGAGGAACGCGUGUCCACGGCUACUAAUGGACUGCUGACGGGUGAUUCUCCUGACGUGAACCAACCGGAAGAACGCCUCGCUCCCUUCGAAAGCCCUAUUACUACCAUGUUCAUCCAGUUGAUUAAGCCGUUCCAAGCCGCGUUCACCGAAUUGAAGCAGUUGCUUGCGAAGGUACAUGGCACCAUCUUUCAUAGCCGUCCAGUCUCUACAACCUCGAGCUUCCGUGACUUCAUGGAUAUGGUCUUUUUGCAACUCGUCCACGUGGCAUCACCUCAUAAGGCGUUGCUAAUGUUGGUCAGAUCCGAGUUUAUUGAACACACGUUCGACGUCCGUCUAACUACUGCUGCAAAGGUUGUGCUUACAAAGGACUUCUGCAAGUUCCUUGUUGCUCCUCUCCUUUAUCUGAACCGUUAUGGAAUCGCAGACCUUCCGGUGCUCGCUACGCUUCGAGACUACUUGAGCGAGUUUGAGCUGGCGAUAUUGAUCUCGCGGGCAGUCAAAGAGAGGUCGCACACUGCGAUAUCGCUGCAGAACGAGCAGUUCCGAGUGUGGCGCAACAGCGACAAGUCGCCUCAACACGUCAGGAACGCAUUUCAAGCACAACUUCCGUUGCUGUCCGAACCUGGUUUCAAGGAGCCUAGUCCAUUCCUGCCCGGUGACGAAACGAUCUUAUAG